CCAAAACCAUUUUUCUCUCGCUCUCUGUUUCCCAUUUCCCUUUUUCUAUCUCUCAUUCUUCCUCUACUUCUCUCUUUUGAUCCUUCUUCUUUCCUUUCAUGGCGGAGCGUCAUAAAGAGGUGGAGGACAGGGAAGCGCUUGCGGGUUUAAGUCCUGUUCCACAACCGCACAGGGUUAAUCAUUCCUACAGCCAGCAGCUCCGCGGUAACCCUGGCGAGAAACGCCACCAGGGUCGCAAGCACAGCCUCGACGAUAUCCCCAGGCCUGUAGACCGUGAUCUUUCUGACGAUGAGUUCUUCAAUCGCUCCUCUAGCAUUGCCACCACUAACUCUAUCAACCACGGUGGUGGCGAAGAUUACUUGGCUUCUUACAGGCUUGAUCAGUCCCUCUUAAUGGAUGAUGGAACAGAGGAUGUUCGGCAAUGCCAGCCGCUGCAGGAGUUUGUAGGGGCCGGCGCGGGUGCGGGGAUUUUCAAGGUACCUGUUCGUGCUGCUGUGCAUCCUGGACGUCCACCGUGCCUUGAAUUGAGGCCGCAUCCACUCAGGGAGACUCAGGUGGGGAAGUUUCUGAGGAACAUUGUUUGUACAGAGACGCAACUGUGGGCAGGGCAGGAGAAUGGAAUCAGAUAUUGGAGAUUCGAGGAUUCAUUUGAGCCUGGGCUCCAGGGAAAGGCAAGGAGAGGUGAUGAGGAUGCAGCGCCAUUUCAUGAGUCAGUAAACACGUCUCCCACAUUAUGUUUGUUGGUGGAUAAUGGGAAUAGGCUUGUUUGGAGUGGACAUAAGGAUGGUAAAAUCAGGUCAUGGAAGAUGGAUCAGCCUGUUGAUGAUGAUUCUCCUUUCAAGGAGGGCUUGUCAUGGCAGGCACAUCGCAGUGCUGUUACUUCUAUUAUCAUGAGCUCCUAUGGUGAUUUGUGGUCAGGAGGUGAAGGGGGGGUCAUUAAGAUUUGGCCAUGGGAGUCCAUUGAGAAAUCCCUUUCUCUUAGACCAGAGGAAAAGCACAUGGCUUCUCUGUUAGUAGAGAGGUCGGCCAUUGAUCUUAGAAGCCAAGUUACUGUGAAUGGUAACUGUAGCAUAUCUUCUGCAGACAUCAAGUGCUUGUUAUCUGACCACAUCAGAGCUAAGGUUUGGUGUGCUCAGCCGCUACACUUCUCCUUGUGGGAUGCUCGUACUAAGGAGCUUCUGAAAGUAUUCAACGUUGAAGGGCAGAUUGAAAAUCGCGUAGACACACAAUCCUCACAAGACCAACCUGUCGAAGACGAAAUGAAGGUGAAAUUUGUUUCCUCGUCAAAAAAGGAGAAACAUGGCUUUCUGCAACGUUCGCGGAACGCCAUUAUGGGAGCAGCUGAUGUGGUCCGGCGAGUUGCAACCAGAGGAGCAGGUGCUUUUGUUGAUGACAAUGCCAAGAAAAUAGAGGCCCUCAUUCUUACAGCUAACGGGAUGAUCUGGAGUGGAUGUACAAAUGGAAUGCUUGUGCAGUGGGAUGGAAAUGGAAACCGGAUGCUAGAUGUUAAUCCGCAUGCCCGUGCCAUCCAGUGCCUCUGCACUUUUGGGACACGAAUAUACAUCGGCUAUGUGAGUGGUAUGGUCCAUGUGAUAAAUCUCGAGGGAAAUCCAAUUGCAGGAUGGGUUGCUCACAACGGUCCAGUUAUAAAGAUGGCUGUUGGAAACGGUCAUGUCUUCAGCUUGGCCACUCACGGUGGUAUACGAGCAUGGAACACCUCCUCUCCAGGACCACUUGAUCCUGCAUUGCGAGCAGAACUAGCAGCAAAGGAAUCCACUUACACAAAAAGAGACAACAUCAGAAUUCUGAUAGGGACAUGGAAUGUUGGUCAAGGAAGACCAUUACAUGAAGCACUCAUGUCUUGGUUGGGUUCUGUUUCUUCAGAUGUCGGUAUUGUUGCUGUUGGGUUGCAAGAAGUAGAUAUGGGUGCUGGUUUUCUUGCAAUGUCAGCUGCUAAAGAAACUGUAGGGCUUGAAGGGAGUUCUAUUGGGAACUGCUGGCUUGACGCAAUAGGGAGAGCCCUAGAAGAAAACACUACAUUUGAACGCUUGGGUUCUAGACAAUUGGCAGGAUUGCUUGUAUCUCUUUGGGUAAGAAGAAGUAUCAGAAUGCAUGUCGGAGAUAUUGAUGCUGGAGCAGUUCCUUGUGGCUUUGGCCGAGCAAUUGGUAAUAAGGGAGGUGUAGGAUUGAGAAUCAGAGUGUAUGAUAGGAUAAUGUGUGUUGUGAACUGUCAUUUAGCAGCACAUUUGGAGGCAGUGAAUCGUCGAAAUGCAGACUUUGAUCACAUAUAUAAAAACAUGUCCUUCACCAGAUCAUCAACUGGACUCAACAAUGCAGCUGCUGGCGUCUCAACUGCUUCUCAUACGGUUCGGGUUCCAAAUGCCUCUGGAGGCAACUCUUCUGAAGAGCAGAAGGAAGCUAAGCCUGAACUGGCUGAUGCAGAUAUGGUCAUAUUCUUUGGAGAUUUUAACUACCGGCUUUUUGGUAUAUCCUAUGAUGAAGCAAGGGACUUUGUGUCGCAAAGGUGCUUUGAUUGGCUUAGAGAAAAAGAUCAGCUCCGUGCUGAGAUGAAAGCUGGCAAGGUUUUCCAAGGAAUGCGCGAGGCUCUCAUACGAUUCCCUCCUACAUACAAGUUCGAAAGGCAUCGACCCGGAUUCGCAGGCUAUGACUCUGGGGAAAAGAAGCGAAUUCCUGCAUGGUGUGACAGAGUAAUAUAUCGGGAUAAUAGAUCAGGAGAAGGGAAUGACUGCAGCUUACAAUGCCCUGUAGUCUCAUCAAUUUUGCUGUAUGAGGCUUGCAUGGAUGUGACUGAGAGUGAUCACAAACCUGUUCGCUGUAAAUUACAUGUUAAGAUUGCACAUGUUGAUAGGUCAUAUCGGAGAAAGGUAUUUGGAGAUAUCAUUCAAUCUAAUGAGAUAGUCAGGUCCUUUCUUGAAGAAUUACGUUGUGUCCCAGAAACCAUUGUUAGCACCAACAGCAUUGUUCUUCAGAACCAGGACACUUCAAUUCUGCAAAUCACCAACAAAUGUGUCAAGAAUAAAGCUAUAUUCAAGAUUAUCUGUGAAGGUCAGUCCACUGUAGAUGAUGGAGAACCGGCAGAGUAUCAUCCCAGAGGCUCCUUUGGCUUCCCAAGAUGGCUUGAGGUUACCCCUGCAGCUGGCAUAAUCAAACCUGAAUGUUCAGUGGAGGUUUCAGUACAUCAUGAAGAAUUCCACACCCUGGAAGAUCUUGUUGAUGGCAUCCCCCAGAACUGGUGGUGUGAAGACACCAGGGACAAGGAGGCACUUCUGACUGUGAUUGUCCGGAGCAGUACCUCAACUGAGACGAGAAGGCAUCGGAUCCGUGUCUGCCACUGCUUCUCAUCCAAGACUGUCCGCCUUGGCUCAAAAUCUGGCUCUAAGAAAGGCAGUGGAGGUUCCUUCAAUAGAGCUGAAUCAGAUGCAGCUGAUGAUGCCAUUAACUCACGUAACCCUUAAAGCUAAUGGAGGACCAAUAGCCAAGAGAGCAGUACACAGAUGCAGUACUUGUAUGAGAUGGGGACUGAUAGCAUAGCUGACGAAUUCAGUUCCCUACAUAGACAAAAACCCAGUCAAUGUGAGGAUGUAAAUACUAGAGGAGAACGGCCACCAUUUGACGUCUUAACUGGACAGGUUUGAUCUGUUUAUGUUCGUAUCUUUAUGUUUAGCACACUUGAUCCUUUUGAGUCAGAGCAUUCUAGUUUUUAAGCAGAUUGUAGUAUUAUUGGAGAAAUUACUUAUUGACUAUUGUAAGAAGGGAAUGUUAAUCCAGCAGCAAUAAUAAGCUGGUUGGUUUUCUAAGAAAUGACAUGUUUCUUA